AUGGAAGAUCAGAUACCUGAUUUUAUCAAACGGGUGACACCUGACCAUGAAUCUAGCGUCAAAGCAUAUAAACUUUACAAGCAACUGUCAUGCAUCAGUAAAUUCGUUCACGGGAAUCGCGUAGAUGUAUAUUCAACAGGAUCUGAUUACUAUAAGUCAUUGUGCCAGCAUUUGGAUGCGGCAAAGAAGAGGAUUUGGAUGGAAAUGUACAUUUUUGACGAAACUACCACAUGCAGAAAGUUUGUUGAUAGCCUAAUUGCCGCCUCAAAGCGUGGAUGUGAUGUCGUAGUACUGUUAGAUUACUUUGGGGCACUUGAUUUUCCGAAUCAAUGGAAAGAAGAGUUACAAUCAAAGGGCGUCAAUAUAUAUUAUUUCAACCCCCUAUUCCCUCCCAAAUCCUCCAUCUCCUUUUUCACCUUUCGUAACCAUAGAAAAAUAAUAAUAACAGACGAUACGGCCUUUUGUGGCUCAUCGAAUAUCGCAAUGAGAUCAACUGAUGAACUUGUUGAAGGAAAAUGUAUAUUUCACGAAUUUGGAGUCAAAGUUAAUGGACCAAUUGUGGCCGAAUUGGGAAAAUCCUUUAUAUCCACAUUGGAAAUUGCUAAGGUGCCAAUACGUCGUGAUCCAUUUGAGGCAACUGAAUCAUUUGAUGAUGGAUCUUUGAUUCAAAUACUGGAAUCAAACCCCUGGACGAGGAACAAAAGCAUCCAAGAGGUCUUUAAAUACAUGCUUAAAAAUGCGGAGAAGGGGAUAUUCAUCGCCACUAGUUACUUCCAUCCCGAAGGAGCUAUACGCCGUAGGAUUUUGGAGGCAAAAAAACGCAAAGUACCAAUACAUUUACUGCUCUCUGGAAAAUCUGAUAUACAUUGCGACGUAGAUUCUACGAUACACCUUGCCAAUAAAUUAAUGUCACACCCUCCCUCUAAUAGUGAUAAAUUAAAAAUUUACCUCACGAACAAAUGGCAUUUUCAUGGGAAGGCUAUGAUGGUUGAUGAUCUGUGGACAUCAAUUGGUACAUAUAAUAUGGAUCGUUUAUCGUCCAGGCGCAAUAUGGAAAUAUCCCUCGGGAUUCUAGACUAUCGUAUCGCAAAGAAAGUCAAGGAAAUACAGUUAUCCUACUCAUCACAAUACUAUGCAGAUCAGCUUACAUUGGACACCAUGCUCCAGGUACCAAUGCACAAGAGAAUAUAUGGCAAGUUUUGCCACUGCUGCUACAAAUUUCUGUCCAGCAGCAGGUGGCUUGACUGGUUCACCGAUGAGGGGUUCAAGAACAGGUUCAGACAUACGUUCAUACGCACGUUUAUAGAAGAUAACGUGGGAACCUUGCUGGCCUCUGCUAGUAGUAUCCUGGGCAUGUGA